AUGCAGCACAUUUUUGCCUUCUUCUGCACCAGUUUCCUAGGGACGGUAUUAGGGGCCAAUUUCCCCAACAAUAUCCAGAUAGGGGGAUUAUUUCCUAAUCAGCAGUCCCAGGAACAUGCGGCUUUUAGGUUUGCAUUGUCUCAGCUCACAGAACCCCCUAAACUGCUUCCCCAGAUUGACAUUGUGAAUAUUAGCGACAGCUUUGAAAUGACAUACACCUUCUGCUCGCAGUUCUCCAAGGGCGUCUACGCCAUCUUUGGGUUUUACGACAGGAAGACGGUCAACAUGCUCACAUCCUUCUGCGGGGCGCUCCACGUCUGCUUCAUAACGCCCAGCUUCCCCGUCGACACCUCCAACCAGUUCGUCCUCCAGCUGCGCCCAGAGCUUCAGGACGCCCUCAUCAACAUCAUCGAGUACUACAACUGGCAGAAGUUUGUGUACAUUUAUGAUGCUGACCGGGGCUUGUCAGUCCUACAGAAAGUGCUGGACACAGCUGCCGAGAAGAACUGGCAGGUGACAGCUGUCAACAUCCUGACAACAACAGAAGAGGGCUACAGGAUGCUCUUCCAGGAGCUGGAGAAGAAAAAGGAACGGCUGGUGGUAGUGGACUGCGAGACGGAGCGGCUGAAUGCCAUCCUGGGCAAGAUCAUCAAGCUUGAAAAAAAUGGGAUAGGAUACCACUACAUUCUAGCAAAUUUGGGAUUCAUGGACAUUGACCUGGUAAAAUUCAAGGAGAGUGGAGCAAAUGUGACCGGCUUCCAGCUGGUGAAUUACACAGACACCGUUCCAGCAAGGAUCAUGCAACAGUGGAAGAACAGUGAUGCCAGAGAACAUCCUCGAGUUGACUGGAAGAAGCCAAAGUACACAUCUGCUCUUACUUACGAUGGAGUUCGGGUGAUGGCGGAGGCUUUCCAGAGCCUGCGGAGGCAGCGGAUUGACAUCUCCCGUCGUGGGAAUGCUGGAGACUGCCUUGCAAAUCCAGCCGUUCCUUGGGGCCAAGGGAUUGACAUUCAGAGAGCUCUGCAACAGGUGCGCUUUGAAGGAUUAACCGGCAAUGUUCAGUUUAAUGAGAAAGGACGUCGGACCAACUACACCCUCCACGUGAUCGAAGUGAAACACGAUGGGAUCAGGAAGAUUGGUUAUUGGAACGAAGAUGAUAAGUUUCUUCCCACAGCCACAGAUUCCCAAGGUGACAAUGAAUCCGUGACUCUACAGAAUCGGACUUACAUAGUUACAACUAUUCUAGAAGAUCCAUAUGUGAUGCUCAAGAAGAAUGCCAACCAGUUUGAAGGCAACGAGAGGUAUGAAGGCUACUGCGUGGAGCUUGCUGCUGAGAUCGCUAAGCAUGUUGGCUACCAAUACAGGUUGGAGAUAGUGAGCGAUGGGAAGUAUGGAGCCCGGGACCCUGACAAUAAAGCAUGGAAUGGCAUGGUGGGAGAGCUGGUUUAUGGAAGAGCUGAUGUGGCUGUUGCACCAUUAACCAUCACCCUCGUCCGAGAAGAAGUCAUAGACUUUUCCAAGCCAUUUAUGAGCCUGGGCAUAUCCAUCAUGAUAAAAAAACCUCAAAAAUCCAAGCCAGGCGUCUUUUCCUUUCUGGAUCCCUUGGCUUAUGAGAUUUGGAUGUGCAUUGUUUUUGCCUACAUUGGAGUAAGCGUUGUCCUCUUCCUGGUCAGCCGCUUCAGCCCUUAUGAAUGGCAUACUGAGGAGUUCGAGGAAGGGCGCGACCAGCCGCCCAGUGACCAGACUAAUGAAUUUGGGAUAUUUAACAGUCUUUGGUUCUCCCUGGGAGCCUUUAUGCAGCAAGGAUGCGAUAUUUCACCAAGAUCCCUCUCUGGCCGCAUAGUUGGUGGUGUCUGGUGGUUUUUCACCUUGAUCAUCAUCUCUUCCUACACGGCUAACCUGGCUGCCUUCCUGACAGUGGAACGGAUGGUGUCCCCCAUAGAGAGUGCAGAAGACUUAGCCAAGCAGACAGAGAUUGCCUACGGGACCCUGGAAGCUGGGUCAACUAAAGAAUUUUUUAGGCGAUCUAAAAUCGCCGUGUUUGAGAAGAUGUGGACGUACAUGAAAUCAGCGGAACCCUCCGUUUUUGUGAGGACCACAGAAGAGGGGAUGAUCCGGGUGAGGAAGUCGAAAGGGAAGUACGCCUACCUCCUGGAGUCCACCAUGAAUGAGUAUAUAGAGCAGCGCAAGCCAUGUGACACCAUGAAGGUGGGAGGUAACUUGGAUUCCAAAGGCUAUGGCAUUGCAACACCGAAGGGGUCUGCACUGAGAAACCCAGUAAACCUGGCAGUGUUAAAACUGAACGAGCAGGGGCUUUUGGACAAAUUGAAAAACAAAUGGUGGUACGACAAGGGCGAGUGCGGCACCGGGGGAGGUGACUCCAAGGACAAGACAAGCGCUCUGAGUCUCAGCAACGUGGCCGGGGUUUUCUAUAUCCUGAUCGGAGGGCUCGGACUAGCCAUGCUGGUUGCCUUAAUCGAGUUUUGUUACAAGUCCAGAAGUGAAACAAAGCGGAUGAAGGGUUUUUGUUUGAUCCCACAGCAAUCAAUCAACGAAGCCAUAAGGACAGCAACCCUUCCCAGGCCAGCUACAGCAGGAGGCAGCGGAGAAAAUGGACGGGUGGUCAGCCACGAUUUCCCCAAAUCCAUGCAGGCGAUUCCGUGCAUGAGUCACAGCACUGGGAUGUCCCUGGGAGCUACGGGAUUAUAAUCGGCCAUGAUGCAUCGCCUGGAUCCACAGGCAGGAGAACAAUAGCAGUCCGCGCUGCGAUAAGGAGACGGGUAACGAGAUUCAGCAGGUUUCUGGACCAUCCUGGAAUGCAGAACCACUGGAGCACUGAGGAAGACUGUGCCAUUUUGUUUUAACUUGGUUGUUAAUAAGUCUUUGUGUGUGCAAUAUAUAUAUUUUUUCUUACCAAUUCCCAUGGUGUCAGGGUGACAUCAUCUCUCCCCUUUCCCCACUCAACCCUU